AUCACAGCGACAACAACAACAACAGGCAUCAUUCUGUCCACGACAAAUGAUUAUGAUGAAUGAAACAAUGACAAAUUUGAACAACACUCCCACAACUAGUAAUAAUAAUAUUAAUUGGCGUGAUGAGGCUGAUGGUAGUGAAGAAGAUCGAAUGAUACGUUUUAUAUCAUUACCAACAACAAAGUCUAAAGUGCCUGAUUCAACAACAACAAAUGCCGGUAUUGUUCAUCAUCAAAAUAAUCAAACUACACAACAACAACAACAACAACAACAAUCAAUGGAAAUGAAUUCAACCAUAAUGGACGAUAAUAACAAUGUUGAUGAUGUAGAUGAAGAUCAUACUAAUGAUAAUAUUAGCCAUCAUCAACAAAUGAAUAUGACCAAAAAAAUUUUAAAUCAAAAUGCUCAAAAUCAACAACAACAACAACAACAACGAUUACAACAACAAGAAUUUUAUAUAAAUCGAAUGGUUGAUCUUGUGGAUUCGUUUAAAAAAUUACUCAACUCAUCUUCAACAGGAUCAAAUAAUCAACAACAGAAUAUUGAAGAUCAUCAACAAUCAACAUCAACAGCAUGUAAUAAUAAUAAUAAUAAUAAUAAUCGAAGAAAUAUAAAUGGUCCUAAUAUUCGAACAAGAGAAAAAGUACCGAUUAUAUCGACAAAUAAUAAUAAUAAUCGUUCAUCACCAUUAAGAACAUCAACAACAAACAAUGAUAUAAAAUUGAAUAAAACCACAAAUUUUAAUUAUCUACCUUCAACUAAUAAUAGUACAUCAAAUCCAUCUACAUCAUCAUCAUCAUAUCGAUUUAAUGCUUUCAACAAUAACAACAACCAAAAUGUUGCCGAAACGGCAAUUAAUAAAAAUCGAAAUGGCCAAAAACAGUUCAAUAAUUUUAACAAUUUUCGUCCGAGUUAUCGUCGUUUUCAAUCGGUACCAAACAAUUCAUUAGAUGAACAAUUCAAUUUGAUGAACAUGAAUAAUAACAAUUUUCUACAAUCAAAUCAUAUGGAAAACAAUCAACAUGCUAAUUUUAUCGUUGAUACAACAUCGCCAACAUUCGAUAGUAAUUAUUUCAAACAAAUCAAUCAACAAGUUUAUCAGCUAUUAAUGUUACAAAAUUAUCAGAUCAAUCAACAACAUCAAUUGAUUAUGGCAUGGAUUGAAUGUCAACAGGAAUGGCUUCGAUUACAGCAAUCAUCAAUCAAUCAAUCGGCUACAGCUACAAUAGAUGAAUCGAUAACAGAAUCAAAUAAUUUGAUGGAUUGUCCACCGCCACCACCAUCAAUUAUUUCCAAUCAUCCAUUGAAUAAUCAAAUCGUACCUGGUGUACGUGCAAAUAAUUUCUGGGAUAAUUUCCGUAGUCAAUCAUUCCAGAAUAAAUUACAAACAUCGACAAAUGUAUCAUUACAACAGCAACAGCCGCCACAACAACAACAACAGCCAAAUCAUCAAUAUCCAACAUUUACAAGUCGUGAAAAUUUUCUCACACAUGAUGGCAAUGUUGCCUGUAAUAAUCUUUGUCAAAAUGUUUGUAAUAAAAAUUCACGUUCUCAUUCAUUUUCUGGUUUUACUAGUGCUGCAAAUUUAAUUUUUGGCCACAAUAAUAACCAGAAUAAUGAAAGUAAUAAAUGUAAGAAUCAAUUGAAAAAUAAUUUGCUUAAUACAUCACCAUAUUUAUCGCCUCAUCAUCAUCAUCAUCAUCAUCGGCUUUAUUCACAGCAAAAUCAACGUCAAAAUAAUAAUUUAAAUGUUGAUCAUCAAUAUCUACGAAAUAGUACCAAUAAUAUCAGUAAUAAUGAUAAUAUAAUUGAAAGAAAAUUAUCCAAAUUAAUUUCAAUUGUAGAAAAUUUGGUACAAUCUAAUAAUGAUGGUACAAAUUUGAAUGGAUUAAAACGUAAAAAAACCAGCAAUGUUGAUUUGAUAAAUCUGCCAGAUUUACGGGAAGAUGCCUGUGAAUGUGAUUUAGAUGUUGUUGAUGCUGAUCUUAAUGAUGAUAGUGAUGAAGAUGAUGCUGAAACCAUUCAAGAUAGAUCUAAUCUGGUGGAUAAAUCGACCAAUUUUCAUCUAUACCAGCAACAAUUAUCAUCAUCAUCAUCCAUAGAUUUAUUUGGUAAUGGUCAAAGAAAAAAUGAUGUUUUGAAAAAUAAUUCAAAAACAACAAAUUCAGAAAUUAUACGUCCAUUGAUGCCAGCUGAAGGUCGUUCAGCAACUGAACCACAACCACCGCCCCCGUUGAAACCAUUAAAAUUACCAAUGAUGUUAUCAACGUUGACAUCAUCAUCUUCAUCACAACCAAAAACUUCAUAUCGUCCUCCAAUCACUGGCAAUGAAUCGGUUAACAAUUCGUUCUUAAAUGGGAAAAAACCAAUGCAAAAACCCAAAUUAAUUUCAUCAUCUAUAGCGAAUGGAGAAAAUUCAACAAAAACUGUUUCUGAUUCGCCAUGUAAAAACCUUGAAAAAUUAAGCAAUGGAAAUUCAGAUGCCGAUGCAAGCGAUUCAAAUCAACCAAAACCAUCAGUAUCCGAUGAUGACGAAUCAUUCAAUCAAAGUAAUAAUGGUGAUAUAUCCAUGCCAUCAACAUCAUCUUUAUUGACCGAUUUAUCAAAAGGAAAUAAUGAAUCAAAAGAAUCGAAUGGUGAUGAUAAUGUUAAACCUUUACACAUCAAUCUAGCAAAUGAUCCAAAUCAACGAAAUGGCCAUAAUGACAGCAGCAGCAGUGAUGAUGAUGAUGACAUUGAUGAUAGCAAUGAUCAACGUAAUGAAGAACAACAACAACAAUUGCCACAACACCAAGCUGAUAUUCGUAUCCAUGUUGUUCCAUUGGUUGUCAACGGUAAUGCUAAUGAAGUGCGAACAUCUGUACGUCUUAGUGGUGAUGGUGAACAAGGAUUAUGAGAAAAGGAUUGAUUUUGCUUUCAUCUAAUUUGAUAAUAUUGCUCAAUUUAAAAAAAAUUUUUGAAUAGAUAAAGAUACACGAUUGUCAUAAUCAAUAAAAUGUGUCAUUGUUUUUUAUUUUUAUUUUA